AUGAUUAUAAAUUAUUUCGAAGAAUUCGACUGCGACUUGCUGCAAAAGGAAUUAAAUGAAGUAAUCAAAUGCUAUGAAUCCUUGAUGUCUAUAUUAGGACCUUCUGUGGUAGAAAACGAAAAACUGCAGCCGUGGUUGGCCAAUUUCUUCAAGUUCAAACUUUGGGGAUCGCCAUUUAGCAUUAGUACAGGCCAGAAAUCAACUCCAAGAAGUCCGAGACAUUCAGUUGCCAUAUUGAAUGUGCCGGCAGUUUACAAUUUAUCCGCCUUCCGUUUAAAACGCACAGCUGCAAAUAUCGGACACGUCUGUGAUGAUCAACCACCAUCCAUGCGGGUGCCGAGAGUUUCAAAGAGAAUCGAAAUGUUUGAUAUAUCGCUCGAGCAAACUUUGCUUUACUUGCAUUCGUCGAUUGUUGCAAUAUCCAAAAUCCACGAAUUGAAGUUUGAAUUGAUGCCGCAACCUCCCUACUCUAAAGGCUUAGCCCGCAGCGACUAUUACCAAUUUCCUAACCUCAAAGAAUGGCUUGUCAGUAAUAGAUUAAAGAGCAACGAAGAAGUUAUUGGAGCUGCAAAGUACUUUAAGGAGCUUGACAAAUCUACGUUUAAAACUGUUUAUCCAAUUGAUAGAGUAAAAAAAGCACAAUUAGUAAGGUUGGGUUUUAAAGCGUUCCUCUUCAAUGGCGAACUUAAAAACAAUAAUUCCCAUUGUCGAAACCCGCCGUGCGACUUGCAGCGACAUUUUCUGAAAAAUGUUAAUCUAUCGCCGUUCCCAUUAGUACUCGCGGCUGGUACGUUCAAUUUGUUAAAAUCGUUUGAGAAAUUACAAAGGUACCGGCAAGGCAAGAAAAUGAAAGACGUAGUUACUUGGUUUUACAAGUCGAUUAGCAUCAAGAGUUCGGAUAAAUCUGGUGAUUCGUUGUAUUUAUACUUAAGCUGUAUUAUUGCUUAUUUGACGGCAUUUUCAUGUGGCGUGUCCUUCAGUUGGACUUCCCCGGUUAUACCGAGAUUUAAAAGUAUAGAAAAUCCUUUUGGUCACGAAGUAUCGACAACUCAACUAGCUUUGAUCGCCGCGUUUUUGCCUUUGGGUGCUGUGAGUGGACCGCUCCUGGCCGGUUUAGCCUCUGACAAGAUUGGUCGGAAGAAGACCAUGAUGGUCUUGGCGGUGCCCAUGAUUGCCGGAUUUUGCAUAUUGGCGUUUGGGAGAAUUGUCGAGUUAUACUAUCUUGCAAGGUUUUUAAUUGGUCUGGGAGUUGGAAGCACGUUUGCUAUUCUCCCCAUGUAUAUCGCAGAAAUUACGGAAGGUCGGAAUAGAGGAAAAUUCGGAUGUUUUCUGGGAAUUUUUAUCACGCUUGGAUUAUUUUACCCAUUCUCGGUGGGUCCUCAUCUGACUCUACAAGUGUACGCGAUGAGUUGUACCAUUCCGUUGGUGGUGUUCUUCAUAAUAUUCGGUCUAUUUAUGACCGAAUCGCCCCAUUAUUUACUAGUCCGUGGAAGAAAAAAGGAUGCGGAGGAAGCCUUAAUGAAGCUUAGGAAUAAAUGUGUAAACCACAUUCAGACAGAUAUUUCGGAAAUCAUGUUAUCCAUUGAAGAAAACAGUCAAAGUAAGGGAGGCUUCAAGGAACUAUUUACGGCUCCGGUUGCCAGGGAAGCAAUGUUAAUAAGUGCCGGGUUAGUGCUGCUGCAGGAACUUUCCGGUAUACAUCCGAUGAUGGCUUAUCUGAAGCCGAUCUUUGAAAGUUCCACAAAAACGAUCUCGCCUGACGUCGCGACACUGAUUUUUGGCAUAUCGCAAAUCAGCUCUAAUUUCAUAACUGCCUUGGUUGUCGAAAAAACUGGACGAAGAAUACUCUAUAUGGUUUCUUCCGCCGGGUGUGGAAUAUGUUGUGCCGUCUUAGGCAUUUAUUUCCUUUUGAAGCACUUAAGUUACGACAUGGAAUCGGUUUUCUGGAUGCCAAUCGUUUGUAUGGUCGGAUACAUGAUCUUUUUCAGCAUGGGUUUGGGCCCGCUCGCGUGGAACGUCGUUGGGGAGAUAUUCCCAUCGAACGUUAAAGGUGUUGGUUCCGGCUUAACGGUUUGCAUAUCUUUUCUCGCUUCCUUCGUUGUGGUGACGAUUUUUCCGAUACUCGCUAAGGCUGCUAGUAUGGCGGCCCCCUUCUGGAUGUAUACAGUCGUAACAGUCCUGGGAAUGUUCUUUAUUUACUAUAAAGUACCCGAAACGAAAGGAAUGUCGUUGGCGGAAAUACAGCAGACAUUGAAGAAAACUCACAGAAAUAAUUCACCAGUUGCCGAAAAUAAUGUCUAGAAAUUAUUAUUUAUAUGAUAAUAGGAAUGGCCGGAUAUGAAUUAAUAUGUAACUACCUUUAUUUAGCUGUACAGUUUACUAAAGCAAAAUAUUUAUUGUUCGGUUCGCGUUUCGCCAUGUUUGUAUCAUCAGGGGAUGAUUAAAACUGAGUUCAAUUAUUAUUAAUCAUCGCGAUUGUUUGUGGCGUGUAAUUAAAGUUUCCAGUGUGCGGUAUGACUUUGUCAGUUGCCUAGCAACUUAUGGAGAUUCCGGAAGUUGGGAAUUUGAUGUGGUUUGGUUUAUGUCAUUGCACCAAUACGAUCUGAAGAGCGACAGCUAUUUUGCAUAAUAUCGAAAAUAAUACCUCACCAAGACACGUUACCGGCUGUGGACGAAGUGAAGAGCAUACUGAUCAUAUAAUUGGUCUGGUCUGUUUAUAAAAUUUUGAUUGCAUUCGCUAAGAGUUAGAAGUUAAAAAUAUUAGUUAUUAGAUAUACAUUGUUAUAUAUCUAUGUAUUUAUUAAAUUAAGUGGUUAAUAACUACUUCUUUAAUUUGAUAUACAAAUUAUAAUCAAUAAAUUAUAAUACUAAGUAUCACAAUAUAAGUGAAAGUGAUGCGGAAUAUUUAGUGUUCUUUCCGAACUGCACGGAAGUGGUAAUUUUUAAUUAUUAAUUAAUUAUUAAUAAACG